AUGCCCAUUACAUUACCAUAUAGUUUUGAUGAAACCGAUGAGUUGGUGGUCAUCCGAAUUCAUUUGAAGGGUGCCACUCGGAGUCAAAUGAGUGUCACUGUUGCCGAUUGUUAUGUAAAAGUCAAUUGCCCUCCUCAUCACUUUUUGGAGUUGGAUUUGAAAGAGGAAAUUGUGUUGGAUGCUUCUGCUAGAGCACAACACAAAAUUGAGGGUCACGAUUUGGUGUUGCAAUUUAGAAAGGUGGAGCGAAAACGUUGGGAGACAGCAGUGAGAAUCAUUGAUGACAACAAUACGAAGGAAAUGAUUGAGAAGCGAAGAGUAGAGUCCAUGGAAAGACUUCAAAAAAUUGAGGAACAAGAACGAGAAGAAAAGAAAAAAGAAAAGUUGAAAGAAGAAAAACGGUUAUUGGAAAAACAUUGGGAGGAUGAGAAGCAAAAACGGGAGGAAAUUGAACGAAAAAAACAAAUCGAAAGAGAUCAAGCAGCUGUUGAAUUGCAAGAAUUUAAGAAGAAAGAAACCAUAGUGUCAGAUGUGAAUGACAAGGAUACGAGUGCACAACAAAUAGUCUCAUUACCACAACACCGUACACAACCCAUCAUUGAAGAUGUCACAGACGAUCAUGAAGAAGAUGUUGCCGUCGAUUCAAAAGCAGCUGCAUACGAAAGAUGUGAAGCUCCAGUUCGAGGUACAGAAACUUCAACAAUUAAGCUCUCAUUUACUCCAAGAGCAUUGCGAACUCCAGCACGAGAGGACAAGGAUAGUGAAACUUUAAAGAAAUUUGAAAUUUGGAAACGAAAGAACAAAAAGUCUGAAUUUGAGGAUAGUGUUGUUUGGGUCAUUGAGCGAGGUGACAAAUUUAUGAAAAAGCAAAACUUCUCUUCAGCAAUUAGUGCCUACACAGAAGCAUUGUCAAUGGAUUCCAACGCCAUUUCUUGCUUAUCAAAGAGAGCUUCAUGUUACUUUGAGCGUCAAGAAUAUCUCAAAGCUAUUGAAGAUUGCACUCAGUUCUUACAAACAGAGGCCAAACAUGAGAUGGAUGUGGAAGAUAAAUAUAUUGCUCUCGCACUUAUGACUCGAGCCAAGAGCUACCAAGAAAUUGGAGAUUUCAAAAAAGCGUUAGAAGAUGCCAAUUUAGCUUACAAAUUGGAAGCUACAUUGGAUUGUCAAAAAAUUAUUAAGCAUCUCGAGAAUCUUUUGUCUGAUAACAAUUCCACGAUCAAAGACAAGGCAGAAUUAUUGAAGGAAGAGGGAGAUGCUGAAUAUUUUGAGAAACGAUUUGAGAAAGCCGUCUCAUGCUACACGAAUGCCAUCAAUCUCAAACCAUUCUUUUUUAGAGCAUACAGCAAUCGAGCUGCCUGCUAUCUUCAAUUGAACAAAUUUUCCAAUUGCAUUGAAGACUGUACCUACAUUUUAGAAAAUAUUCAUUCCAAAGCAGCGGGAGAAACUGAACGAAAACAAAGUGCAUCUCUCAUUCUGAAAUCAUAUACUCGAAGAGGAACGUGUUACUUCAAAUUGGGUGAUUUUCAAAGAUCUUACAAGGAUUAUGAACAAGCUUCGAGAAUGGCUCCUGAAGAUGACGACAUUAUGACAGACUUGGAACGAGUCAAUAAGGAACUCACUUCACAACUUCAAGGAGAUUGGCUCAAAAACACUGCUAACAAUUUUUAUUUAAAUCAAGACUAUGCUUCUGCGAUUCAUUCGUACACACUUGCCAUUCAACUCGAUAAGACGAAUCCUGUGUAUUAUUCGAACAGAGCUCAAUGCUAUUUCAAGUUGGGUGAUUAUGUGAAAUGUGUCAAGGAUUGCAAUCUGGCUCUUUCCGUGUUAUCUGAUGAAGAUGAAAAGAAAGUGACAGAAAUAUUGAAGGAGGAAGAAGCUGGAAUGGACAAGGAAACAAACAAGACGAAACCUGAAUUUCCAACCAAUCCAAAACUGACUCCAAAACUACAAACCAAACUCUAUUUGAAGAGAGCUGCUGCUUACAAGGAGAUGGAAGAAUACGAAAGAGCAUUCCUUGACAUUAGGCGAGCUCAACAAUUUGAACCUGACAAUAAGGAAAUCAAAUCUGAAUUUGAAAAAAUCGAAGUAUUGUACAAUAACUGGAAGAAGGAACAGGAUGAAAAAGCCAAAAUAAUUGAAGAGAAAUCAAAAAAUAAAUAA